AUGGCUUUAGACGACCAACAGAGUUCGACCGUCGAAUUUAGGAAGACAAAAGUGCAAAGUUGCUCCCGAAAGUCAGCAUCCAUAGUCUUCCAAGUCACACAUCCUGUACCACUCGUGAAGGCUGGAUGGGAUCGAUGGGCAUACCUCGGAGCAAUGUUCGUACUGGAAACAAUCAUCUGGCUUCUCAAAACACGUGAGCUUGAGAUCGGGUUGUUCAACAUCAAUCCACAAACAACGGGUGCUGACAUCGUGUUCCUCUACGCGUACCACUCACGCUUUCCUGUUCAGAGCAUUCACGUCCUGUUGACAAUGGGAGUUGGCUACGGAACAGGAGGUGUUUUGGUUUAUUACCCAGCGUUAACCUACCUCCCGGAAUGGUUUCCUGAUCGGCCAGGACUUGCCAAUGGCAUAGUUUUUUCAGCUCUGGGUAGCUUAGGCAACGGACUGGGGGGACUCGUAUUCCCCUACAUCAUCGAGGUACUACUAGUCAAGUGUGGCGUGAAAGCGAUGCUGAGGUACCUAACCUUGAUUGUCACGAUAUCCAUUGGAACGUCUUUAUACUUCAUACGCUCCGCUAAAGAAGCCUCCGAUGUUGAGAAACUGGAAGGAGAGACGAUUUUCAAAACAUUAGGAGAUCCUCGUGCCCUCAAAGCAGGUGCUUUGUGGGUGUACCUUUUAGCAAACAUACUCGAGACUUUGUCAUAUUUUAUUCCUUGCCUUUAUCUUCCCAAUUAUGCUCACUCGCAGGGACUUCCAGCAUUAUCGGGGACCACGCUUCUGGCUGCCAUAAAUAUUGCAAAUAUAGUCUCCCGGAUUAUCUUUGGCCCGUUAUCGGACCAUUUUUCCACUCACUUAAUCGGCGGUACCACCAGCCUUGUCGCGGCAGCUUCCGUAGUCGGCUUCUGGGGACUCUUGAUCAACGCCGGCCUACCCGGUUUAAUUGCCUUUUCAAUCAUUUUUGGGGUUACCUCAGGAGCUUGGACGAGCCUUUUCUUUUCAGUGAUCAAAGAGUGGAAAGUCGAUGAACGAACGACAUUGACGAUAUAUAGCUUCUUCGCUUUGACUAGAGGUCUAGCUAACAUCAUCGCGGGCCCCAUCUCGUCUGCACUAUUGCGAAGCACCACUCCCCAUGCGUCAAGUCGGGGGUUCUCGAGUGAUUAUUCGAGAGCGAUAAUUUUCUGCGCAGCUACAAUGCUAUCAGCUGCGGUCAUCGAAGCAGGCCUAUACAUUCAGCAGCUCUGUCACCAGAAACGACAAAAGGCUUUUGAAAAUUCAGCUCCUUUCGAGUGA